GAGCGCUCCGUCGCCAGUCUCUCGUCGACCUCAGCGCAGUCAGCAGCAGCAGCGCAGCUUCUAUCUCCCUCUUUUUGGCCCAACCCGUGUAAAGUCUAUACUCUCUCAGCUGCUCUCUCUCUCUCUCUCUUACUCUACUGCCGGGGGGGCGGACGACUACACCCGUCUGUAUCCACUUGCGCGCGCUUUUGCGCUCCCGGGAGUUGCGAAGAAGUAUAAGGAGUGUCGUGCGCGAUUAUGACAGAUCGUUGCUGCUAUUUCGUAGUGCGCGGGGAUGUUUGAUUGACGUCGAUCCGGACGAGUCGGACCAAGUCAGUGCGCUGCUCGGGAUAAGGUGGUGAGAGUUGCGACACACGUCGUCGUUCAGUGCGAGUAUAGGAAGAGCUUUGCCGUCGUUGCUGCGAGAGGAACGUCCGGAGGGAGACGCAAGCACUGUAGGCGGUGACACCGUACUGCGAGCUGCCGGGAUCACCCGGCCGGCCUAGAGCGCCGGGACGAGCACGAUGUCGUCGACGUUGCGCGCGCAGUCGACAGGUGGCGAGCUGACGAACCUGAGCAGCGCCGGGUCUGACCGGACCCUGGCGACCUCGACGGGUGGAAGCUCGCACACUCAUAGCCACAGGAAGCAUCACAAUCACCACAGAAGCCGGAGUGCGCCGAGGGCGCCCGAGAAACCACCGCGCAAACGACACAUGAACCCUGGACAGAGCCUCGCGUCCAUACCCAGCCAGAUCAAGCUGUCCAUGCUCAACAGCGGCCUCAUUUCUUUCGAUCGCCGUGGGAACGCAGAGGAACUCGGCCUCGGAACCACAUUGCCAACGGCACCCACGGAACUCGCCCAGUACCCGAAGCUCUGCGAGCUGCGCAGAAAGUUUCCGGUCCUCUAUCGCGUCGAGUUUCAGACGGCGACGAAAGUCGAGACGCACUCGUGCAGGCACGCCACGAAGCCGGCGAACAGGGAGAAGAAUCAGAACCAAAAAUGUAUUCCAUACGAUUACAACAGAGUCGUUUUAGAGACUAUAGACGGCCGAGCUGACUCGGACUACAUCAACGCGUCGUACGUCGAUAGCAUACUCAAGCCCAACGCCUACAUCGUAACUCAGGGACCCAUGGAGAACACCGUAGUGGAAUUCUGGCGGAUGGUCUGGCAGGAGAGGGCCGCCUGCAUAGUCAUGCUCACGAAAACUUUCGAUUUUAUAAAGGUGAUGUGCAUGCAGUACUGGCCCGCCAGUAAGGAUAAGGACGAGGACUACGGCGGCAUCGGCGUCUCCGUGCUUGCAGAGGAGGAGCUUGCGAACUUUCACAUACGGACGAUAAAGCUGUACAAAAAGGACGAGAAGGACGAAGUCACGGAAGAGAGGACGAUACUUCAGUUUCAUUACACAGAGUGGCACUCGCACACGUGCCCUUUUGGCAACGCUGUGCUGGAAUUCCGAAGGCGCGUCAGGGCCGUCGUCGGAUCGACCUUAAAGAGCGAAGCCGGGCCUAUGGUUGUGCAUUGCAACGACGGUGGCGGACGAUCUGGUGUUUACUUGGCGAUCGAUGCGAAUAUGGAGCUUGCGGAGGAGGAAGACGCGUUUGACGUGUUUGGAUAUCUGAAGAAACUUCGACAGAGUCGGAAGGGUCUCAUAGAGAAUCUGGAACAGUACAAAUUCGUGUAUGACACGCUGGAGGAAUUCGUGAUAUGCGGCGCCUCGUGGUUCCCUGUAUCAGAGCUGUCGGUCCGGCUGAAGCAGAAGAGCCAGAAGAACCCGAUAACGAAGAUGAACGAGUACCAGCGCGAGUAUCAGCAGAUCUGCAAGCAGACGCCGCGUUUCACGAUAGGCGACUGCGCCGGCGGACACAGGGCCGACAAUCGCGAGAAGAAUAGGGACGUCCUCGUCGUACCACCUGACAACUUCCGGCCUUACUUAACGAGUUUUCAAGGAAACACAUUCACGGACUACAUAAAUGCAGUGUUCGUCGAUGGCUACACAAAGCCGCGCGAGUACAUCGUGACGGAAUGGCCGGUGACACGAAGCCUCGGUGAGUUCUGGUCGCUGGUCUACGACUACGAGUGCGCUGCUGUGGUGGUGCUGUGCGUUCCACCGGCUGGAUCCACCAACUACCCGAGCUUCUGGCCGGAGGGUCGACAUUCCAAGAAGUACGGACCAGUCUUCACGAUAGACCACAUCAGCCACAAUCACUACACCAACAUCAAAACUUGGGUGUUCCGAAUAAACAAGAAGAUCGUCUCGCUGACCGAGUUGAUGGCCGGUGUGAAAGCACCCCCGAAGACGGUCCAACUGUUCCAGCUGACAUGUUGGCCGAUGGGUCAGGCGGUGCCGACGUCGACCAACAGCCUCGUCGAGCUGAUGAACAUGGUGGAGCGGUGGCGUCAGCGCACGGACUACGGGCCCGUAGCCGUCGUCUCGCCGGACGGACGCAGUCGGUGCGGAGUCUACUGCGCAGCCAAUGCCUGCAUCGAACAGGUCAUCCAGCAUGGCGAGGUCGACAUCUUCCAAGCCGUCAAGACUGUGCGACGACAUCGACCCCAGCUCGUCGAGAAUAUGACCGAGUACAAGUACUGCUACGACCUGGUUCUGCACUACGUGUUGCACUAUCUGAACAAAGACAUGAACGAGAAGAAGUGAGAAAGCGAGUUGCGGGACGAGCUGUGGUUCAUCGAGUUCGGCCGGGGCGCAGCGCUGCCCCUGACGCCGGAGGAGGCACCGGUCGACGGCGAGCCAGUGGUGCCCUGCGCCCAGGGACGCGUCAUCAUCGAGACGGCGCGACCGGCGCCGCCCUACUUCGCCACCUGCUCGACUUACCGACGGCAGAUAAUGGAGCAGCACCUCUCGUCGCUCGCCUCCGCGACGACGCAGGCGGACGUCGUGCCCUCUACCUCUGCCGCGACGGUCAACCACCAGCCGGCCAUCCACCAUCACCAGAGGAGCACCUUCAUUAGGAGCGCGACCCUCGGCCCCCAGAGCCCAGCCCUACGGCCCGAGGAGCUGCGCGUCAAGCCCUGGUACGCCACGGACGACACCUCCUCCGCGUCCAAGGACAGUCCGCCGGCUGCCGCCAACGCCGUUGACCAGAGCUCGUGCCCCGCCUACAAUCAGUCCUACGACCCACAGGACAGCAGCAGCAACCACAAGGAGACGACGUCCAGUCGCGGCGUCGACGCCAUUUCCACGCGCACCAGCAGCAUCGAGAGCGAGAACCCGCGUGCCAGCGUGCCUCGUAAGGCCUACAUGGAUCUCAGCGACGCCAUCGCCAUGCUCGACGAGACCUGCCCCAAUCCCGAGGCCAGUCCUCUCAUGACACCGCGGACGCCACGGACGCCGCUGACGCCCCAUCCCAGAAAUAAGCGUGCCAGGUCCAAGAGCAGCGACAACUCGUCCAACUACAGUAGCGAGAGGCUGAACGAGCGAGCCGAAAACGCCAAACCCCAGGAGAAGGAGAGGAAGCGACCGUUCCUCAAGAAGAUCGGCAUCUCCAUGACGGAAGACCGUCCGCUGCUGGCCAAGCUCGCGCCCAUGAUCAUGGGCAAGCCUUACCUCGAGAAGAUCGGCCCGAGCCGCGCGGUGGACAAGCCUUUCCUCGAGAAGAUCGGUUCGUCCCGGACGCUCGACAAGUUCAUUUUCGACACACCCAAGAGCGACAAGCGGAUACCCUUUGACACCAGCAGCCGCAUGACCAUAGCCGAGGAGCCCGAGAAGAAGACGCCCAAGGAGCGCAGAGACGAGAUCAGGGGCUUCUCCACCGGUGAGAGACGCAGGUCCGGCAAGAACUUCCUCCUGAAGAUGUACUCCUUCGAGACGGAGGACCUUGAGGACAGCUCCCUGGCGAUGAAGGCUCCGCACCGAGAUCCUCUGAGAGGAGCCUCGCUGGACGACGUGUUGGACUCGGGACCCAGCAGUAUGCCGCGCAUCAACGAGCUCUGUGCCAUGACCAACUCCGACAUCGAGACGCCCAGCGUCAGCGUAGCCGAGCUGGUCAAGUGCCGCGUCACCACAAGCGAGGAGAUCAUAUCAUCGAACUCGUGCCUCAACUCGCCCAUGGAGGUGAUGAGCUGGGGCAACUCGCCCAAACGAAGACUGCCCAGAAAGAACCACGAGCUCGCCGACGCCAACAAGAACGGUAAGGACAACGAGAGCGUGCCCAACUCGCCGAUCAAGAGGGUCCACAGCUCCAUCACGCCCGAGAAAGUCACCGCAGUCUACAAGGAUCUUGACGGGGUGAAGAACGGCAGGCCGGUAUCCGAGGACAUUCUAGACAAGCGAAAAAGCAGGCAUGACGAGUUCGAGAGACGUGGAGCCUCCUCGGACAACCUGACGAAGGAGCGAGUCGUCACCCCGGUGUUCGCCGAGAUCGGCGGUAAGGAUCUCAACAAUGGCAAAGGCUCUUGCAACUCCGUCGUGUCGACGAGCUCCAGCGUCA